AUGAGCGAAACGUUGCUCGUGUUGCCCGGGCCCCAGGCCUUGUCUCCCUUCCGUGUCUCGGCGCUCGUGCUGGAGAUCGAAGCCAAAGCGCCGGCGAAAGUGGCGCUGGUGGCGCUGGUGUACGUCCAUUACCUCGCCCUGAAGCAGCCGUUGCUGGACCGCCAGCGGCAAUUGGUCGACGUGUUGUUGCAGUACGAUACCCCCGCCACCGACAGCGACGCCCCCCUCGUCCAAAACGUGGCCAAGGACUUUGGUGGCGAAAACAACACCUACUUGAUCCGCAUCAUCCCCCGUCCUGGCACCAUUUCUCCUUGGUCGCUGAAGGCGACGGAUAUCGCCCACAUCUGUGGUCUUUCUGAAACCGUGGACCGGAUUGAGAGAGGGUUGGCUCUCUUGAUCGAAACUGACGCCCCCGUCGACUUCGCUUCCGGCGAGCUUUUGACUUCGGUGUUUGACCGUAUGACUCAGCUGAUCUACGUCAACAAGGCGCCUAACCCUGAAGAGAUGUUCGCCCACCACCUGCCUAAACCCUUGGUGACGGUGGACGUGCUUUCGGGUCCUGAUAACUUGGCUAAGGCCAAUAAGGAGCUUGGUCUCGCCCUUGACCAAGGGGAAAUCGAUUACCUUAUCGAUGCCUUCACUAAGGUGAUUGGUAGAAACCCCACCGACGUCGAAUUGUUCAUGUUCGCCCAGGUGAACUCCGAACACUGUCGCCACAAGAUUUUCAACGCUGACUGGACCAUCGACGGUGCCGCUAAGCCGUUGUCUCUUUUCAAGAUGAUCCGCAACACUCACGCCAAGAACCCGCAACACACGGUGCUGGCGUACCUGGAUAAUGCCGCCGUGUUUGACGGUCCCGAAGGGUUCGUGUGGGCUCCCAAGUUCGACCUGAAGCAAUGGCACCUGAUCAGGGAAACCGUGCAAACGUUGGUCAAAGUGGAAACCCAUAACCACCCCACUGCCGUGUCUCCUUUUGCUGGUGCUGCCACUGGUUCCGGUGGUGAAAUCAGAGACGAAGCCGCCGUCGGUCGCGGUUCCAAGACUAAAGCCGGUCUCGCUGGUUUCUCCGUUAGUGACUUGAACAUUCCUGGCUUUAAACAACCGUGGGAACGCGACGUCGGUAAGCCUAACCACAUUGCUCUGUCGCUUGACAUCAUGCUCGAAGCUCCCAUUGGUUCUGCUGCCUUCAACAACGAAUUUGGUCGUCCCGCUAUUAACGGUUACUGGCGGACAUUGACUACCGAAGUGACCAACGCUGAAGGUAAACAAGAGACUAGAGGGUUCCACAAGCCCAUCAUGUUGGCCGGUGGUAUGGGGGCCAUCCGUCCGCUGCUUGCCCUCAAGAACAAGCGCAUUACUCCCGGGGCUAAGCUUAUCGUUUUGGGCGGUCAGCUGAUGCUUAUUGGUCUCGGUGGUGGCGCCGCCUCGCUGGUUUCUUCUGGUGAAGGGCUGGCGGAACUCGAUUUCGCCUCGGUGCAACGUGGUAACCCUGAGCUUCAACGUAGAGCCCAGGAAGUGAUUUCCGCCUGUGUUGAGCUCGGCGCCGAAGAAAACCCCAUCCAGCUGAUCCACGAUGUCGGUGCCGGUGGUCUUUCCAACGCCCUCCCUGAAUUGGUCCACGAUAACGACUUGGGCGCCCAGUUCGAGCUCAGAGACAUCUUGUCGCUUGAACCGGGUAUGUCGCCGAUGGAGAUCUGGUGUAACGAAUCGCAAGAACGGUUUGUUCUUGGUGUCGCUCCUGAAGACCUCGACACCUUCAAGAAGAUGUGUGAGCGGGAACGGUGUCCCUUCGCCGUUGUCGGUACCGCUACCGAAGAGAAGAGACUCGUGCUUACCGAUUCGUUGCUUAAGCUGACUCCCAUUGACUUGGAAAUGCUGGUGCUCUUUGGUAAGCCGCCUAAGAUGCUGCGUACCGCUACCACUGCCAACUUACAGCUCCAACCGUUCUCUACCGACAAGCUUGAGAUCGCGGAGCUGGUGGAUCGGGUGAUGCAUUUGCCCGCUGUCGGUUCCAAGCUGUUCCUCAUCACUAUCGGUGACCGGUUCAUCACCGGUUUGGUCGACCGCGACCAGAUGGUUGGCCCGUGGCAAGUGCCCGUGGCUGACUGCGGGGUCACUGCCACCUCGCUCGGCCCUGAAAUCCUCCACACCGGUGAGGCGAUGGCGAUGGGCGAGAAGCCGACGUUGGCGCUUAUCCUGGCGGCGGCGCUGGCGAAGAUGGCCGUCGCCGAGUCGUUGUUCAACUUGUUGCUGGCGGACGUCACCAGCCUCGACGCCGUCAAGUUGUCGGCGAACUGGAUGCUGGCGGCGCUGCACCCUGGUGAAGGCGCUAAGCUCUACGAGGCCGUGGAAGCGUUGGGUAUGGACUUGUGCCCUGCUUUGGGCGUCGCCAUCCCCGUGGGUAAGGACUCGAUGUCGAUGAAGAUGAAGUGGGACGGCGGCGAAGUUACCGCUCCCCUUGCGCUUACCAUCACCGCAUUUGCCCCUGUGGCCGAUACCCGCCGCAACUGGACACCGCAAUUGCAGCGCCGCGACGACACCUUGUUGGUGUUGGUGGCGCCCACCAGCCACGCCCGCUUGGGUGGGCUGGCUUUGGCUCAAGUUUACGGUGCUGUUGGCAACGAUGCCCCCAACGUUGACGAUGCCCAAGCACUCAAGAACGUGUUGGAAGCGAUGAUUGCCCUCCACCAAACUGACCUUGUGCUCGCCUACCACGACCGUUCCGAAGGUGGUCUUUUCACCACCGUCGCCGAGAUGGCGUUCGCCGGGCGUUGUGGCGCUGAAGUUGAGGUCAACGACGAAGACGUGGUGGCGGCGCUUUUCAACGAAGAGCUCGGGGCUGUGUUUCAAGUGUCUGCUGCUGACUACGACAAGUUUGUCGCCCACUUCCACGCCCACAACGUCGCUCCCGAGGCCAUCAGAGUGGUGGGUAAGCCCGUGUUCGACACCCUGGUGGUGCGCGUCGUUCACAACGGCAACGACGUCUACGCCCUGCUGAGAGCCCAGCUCCAAGAACAGUGGGCCGAGACCUCGUACACCAUCCAGAAGUUGCGUGAUAACCCCACCACCAGCACCCAAGAAUUCGAAAACAUCGCCGACGACAAAGACCCCGGUAUCCUGUACCAAUUAACCUACGACCCCGUCGCCAACUUGAAACAAUUGCAACUGCUGCUGCUGCGCCCUAAGGUGGCGAUCUUGCGUGAACAGGGGGUGAACUCGCAACAGGAGAUGGCGUGGUGCUUCUCGCAAGCCGGGUUCGACGUUUAUGACGUCCACAUGAGCGACUUGUUGCUGGGCGCCGUGCUGCUCGACUCGUUUGUCGGGCUCGCCGCCUGCGGUGGGUUCUCGUUCGGUGACGUCUUAGGCGCCGGCGCCGGGUGGGCGAAGCUGGUGUUAUACAACGACCGUGCUCGCGCCGAAUUCGAGCGUUUCUUCCAACAACGUGAAGACACCUUCGCCUUUGGUGCCUGUAACGGGUGUCAAUUCCUCUCGCGGAUUGCUGAGUUAAUCCCCGGCACUGAGAACUGGCCCACGUUCGAACGCAACCUCAGUGAACAAUACGAGGCUCGUUUCGUCAUGGUGGAGGUUGACGCCGCGGCGCUGAACAACUCGAUCUUCCUCCAGCUGAUGAAGGGGCUGAAGCUCCCCAUCGCUGUUGCCCACGGCGAAGGGCGCGCCCACUGGGCGCUGGCGGACAAGCACGCCAACUUCGACCAGGCGGCGGUGCGCUACGUCGACAACUACGGCAACGUCACCCAGCAAUACCCGUUCAACCCCAACGGGCUGCCUGACGGCAUUGCCGGGAUCACCAACGCCAACGGGCGGGUGUUAGCUAUGAUGCCCCACCCGGAACGGGUGUGUCGCCUCGAGCUGAACUCGUGGUACCCCAAGGACCAGCUGGCGGCCUGGGAAGGCUACGGGCCCUGGAUCGAAUUGUUCAAGCUGGCCAGACAAUGGGUGGAAAGCCACCAGUAA